CUAGCAACGAUUGUUGUGCAUAUAAAAAGCGUGGACUUUUUUGUUUUCUUUUCUUUCUUUUUUAUUUUAUAUUUCUUCGACUUUUUUUAUUAUGCGUAAUUAUCAAAUCUAUUUGACGAUUGCUAUAGCUAUACUAGGUAGCUUACUUGUCUCUGUGCAAGCUAAAAAAACUCAUAACGAAAUAACAUGUGAGGAUGACUCGUCCUCAAAAAAUAUCUAUGGCAAACAUAAAUUAAUUACAUAUAUUGUUGAUUGGGAUAUACCACAUAAUAUUAAAUGGGAUCUCUUUGAUCAUGUCUCUUAUGCUUUUGCUGAACCUAAUAAAAAUGGCGAGCUAAAAUCAUUUUCGGGCAGUAACUUGAAAUCAGUGGUUCGUGAAGCACAUAAAAAUAAGGUUGGCGUCAGUAUUAGUAUUGGCGGAUGGAGUGGUUCCAGAUAUUUUAGUUCUUUGGUCAAAUCAAAAUCUAAGCGAGAUAAGUUCGCUAAAAAUAUUAUGAAAUUGGUUGAAGAAUAUAAUCUCGAUGGAGUAAACCUUGAUUGGGAAUAUCCUAAUGAUCCUAAUGGCGUCUCUUGUAAUGAAAAGGAUCCCAAUGAUACAGCUAAUUUCCUUACUUUUAUCAAACUAUUACGCGAAAUGCUUGAUAAGAAAUAUAAAAAAGUUCAUAAAUUAAUUACUGCUGCCGUUAGUACGAGUCCCUUUAAUAAUGGAAAGCAGGAGCCUAUCAAGCAUCUUGAUAAAGCUUGGUCAGCAAAUGUUGAUUUUUUUUAUAUUAUGGUUUAUGAUAUUAGUGGUAGUUGGAUGAAAAAGGCAGGUCCUAAUUCACCUUUGAAUAAAGGAGGUUCCUAUGAUUCUAGUGUAAAACAAGCAGUGAGUGUAUGGAAGAGUGCAGGGAUCCCUGCUAAUCAAAUCAUCUUGGGUGUACCCUUCUACGGACAUGCUUCUCGAACUGCUACAGCUAUUACUUCAUCUACAGGCAUGUAUGUCAAGUUGGCAAGAAAUAGCACAAUUAAAGGUGAUAAAUAUGAUUCAUUAAGUGCAGAUCCUUGUCCAGGUGCUGUCAAGUCCUACUCAGGAUCUUAUGAAUGGCGUUCUAUUAUGUCUGCAGGUAUCUUGGACAAUAAGAAUGGCUGGAAAUCUUACUGGGAUAAAAGAUCUGCUACACCUUAUGCUUAUCAUUCUAAAGAUCACAAAUUUCUUUCGUAUGAUAACCCAAAGUCUCUUAAAGAUAAAAUGAAUUAUGUUAUUAAAGAAAAGCUGGGUGGGGCUAUGAUUUGGUCUCUGGAAAUGGAUGACAAAAAGAAUACCCUUUUAUCAAGCCUUCAAAGUAUUAGGGAUUAAUUUGCUGGUUGAAUUAUUUCUCAUUUCUAAAUACUGCUACUACU